AUGUCCUGCUUACCUGCGACUCCUCCAGCGCUGCAGCAUGUGAGAGCGCGAUGGCCACUUGGUCUGCCACUGCUUCCACCAUCUCCACCUCGUGCGGCUGCCACUGCCUGGUGGGUGGGGGGAGACAAGGAUAGGGAUUGUGAAAGGCAGGGGGGGAAAGAGGGGGGACACGGAGCGCGCGCGUGGACCAAGGCGCGCGCGUGGACCAAGGCGCGCGCGUGGACCAAGGCGCGCGCGUGGACCAAGGCGCGCGCGUGGACCAAGGCGCGCUCGUGGACCAAGGCGCGCGCGUGGACCAAGGCGCGCUCGUGGACCAAAGCGCGCUCGUGGACCAAGGCGCGCUCGUGGACCAAGGCGCGCUUGUGGACCAAGGCGCGCGCGUGGACCAAGGCGCGCUCGUGGACCAAGGCGCGCGCGUGGACCAAGGCGCGCGCGUGGACCAAGGCGCGCUCGUCGACCAAGGCGCGCUCGUGGACCAAGGCGCGCUCGUGGACCAAGGCGCGCUCGUGGACCAAGGCGCGCUUGUGGACCAAGGCGCGCUCGUGGAUCAAGGCGCGCGCGUGGACCAAGGCGCGCUCGUGGACCAAGGCGCGCUCGUGGACCAAGGCGCGCUCGUGGAUCAAGGCGCGCGCGUGGACCAAUGCGCGCGCGUGGACCAAGGCACGCUCAUGGACCAAGGCGCACGCGUGGACCAAGGCGCGCUCGUGGACCAAGGCGCGCUCGUGGACCAAGGCGCGCGCGUGGACCAAGGCGCGCACGUGGACCAAGGCGCGCGCGUGGACCAAGGCGCGCGCGUGGACCAAGACGCGCUCGUGGACCAAGGCGCGCUCGUGGACCAAGGCGCACUCGUGGACCAACUCGCUCGCUUGGACCAGGGCUUGA